UGUGCUUUACGACAGACCUUUAUACAAUGGUUCUUAUGUUAUUUACCAGCAUUUUUGUAAUUGAACCUGGCAUGGUCUCAACAUCUACGGCCAUAAAUUGGGUAAAACUUCAAGCUGAAGGACAAUUCGUUGAAGACAUAUGCCCAGCGGAAGAUAUUCGGUUUGUGAAAGACACGGUUGCUGCCACAGUAACAUGCGGUAAAAUCUGUAAUGAGGACAAGGAAUGUAAAGCCGUUACGUAUCAAGUGGAUGAUCAUAAGUGCACUGGCUGUCGGGAGUUUUUGAAACCGUUUCCAUCGGUUAACUCAGCUGGAUUGCUAAAAUUUGCAAAAAGAGAACACCUAUUCGACUGCAAAGAAAUCUUGGAAAGGGACAGGUUUGCAAAAACCGGUGUUUAUACGAUAGCACUUGGUGGAACAGAAACAUCACAGGUUUAUUGUGACAUGCAAAACGGUAUUGGUGGAUGGACGGUUUUCCAACACAGAUUUGAUGGUUCUGUUAAUUUCCAAAGAAACUUUUCAGCGUAUGAGAAUGGAUUUGGGGACAUCAAUGGCGAAUUCUGGCUAGGACUUAAAUUCGUUCAAAUACUGACUGAAAUGCCGAGUGAAUUUAGAUAUGAAAUUACGUUUGAUAGUGGAACGCCAUGGAUAGAAGAAUUUAAACGGUUCAAACUCAUUGGCGCUCGGUACGUGCUCUCCAUAGCCGAAGAAGCCCACCUCAGAUCAGGAAACAAUGGGGAAUCGUUCGCGAUCUUCAAUGAAUCUCCAUUUGUGGCGCUUGGUGAGGAUUCUACAACGUCUUGUCUUAGUGGCGACCAAAUGUGGUGGUGGUAUGCCAAUCAAAAAUGUGACUACGUCCUCAACCUAAACAUUUUGUACGGGACAAAGACAGAAGUAUGGCGAGCGGCUGAACCAGACAACUACAGACUUUUAAAAAGUUCCAAAAUGAUGAUCAGAAGAAAAUGA